AGUUUAUUAUUUUAGUCACCUAAUUCUUCAUGAAGAAGUGUAUGUAUUUAUCUAAUAAGAACUUUUAUUAUGCUGAAUGCACUUAAUUUCAGUAGUUUUGCUCAGGUGUCAUCAGCUAAGCUACUUCCAGCCAGCUACAUUGGAUAUAAAAAGUCUACACACCCCUGUUGAAACUGCAGGUAUUUGUGAUGUGAAAGAAUGACACUAAGACAAAUCGUCAGAACUUUUCCCCUCAUGGUGAAAUUACAGCGUUUAAAAAUUAAGUUAAAAAACGUACAAUAACCAGGUUGCAUAAGUGUGCACACCCCGGAACUAAUCCUCUUCAGGUCACCCCACAGAUUUUUAGCUGGAUUCAGGUCUGGGCUCGAGCUAGCUCAUUCAAAAACACUGAACUUCUUUUGGUUACGUGUGCCUUUGUUGAUUUGGACGUGUGCUUUGGGUCAUUAUCAUGCUGAAAGGUGACAUUCCUUUUCAUCUACAGUUUACUAGCAGAUACCUCAAUGUUCUGCACCACAAUCCACUUUAAACAGGGGUGUGUAGACUUUUUUUUAUAUCCACUGUAGUAUUAUAUUAGCUUAAACCUGGAGGCAGUCAGGUUCAAUCGUUUUUACCCUUGUUAUUGUUAAUAUUUAUAUUAAAUACUAAAUCUGUAUAUACCAUCAAUCUCACUGUAUAUGUAAUUCUCGUUCACAUAUUGCUCCUGUGUGUAACGCUGGCUACAAACUGCAGUAAUCCAUCUCUUCUGUAUCUGGCCCUCACUUUAAAAACUCAUGGGAAUGAACAUUUUUCUGUUGGAACAGUAAUCUACCUCCAGUAGCCCUCGCGACACGGUGGUGGUGUUCUAACUCGGUGAGCCUGCUGCACUGGUCACCUGAUCUUCAUUUACUUCCUGGUUAUAAACACAGAAAUCAGGGAUUCGACCUCAUCAUGUGUCUGUGGGUUAAAAUCAGUUCUGUUCUGAUGUAAAGAUGAAGUCAUUUCUUAUAACGCUAGAACAAAUAUUUCUAUAUUCUUACUUAAGUUAUGAAACAGCGGUUGAUUUAGUUACAGCCAGAUGAAGGCCAUAUUGUGCUGAAAGCUGCAUUCCUUUAUUGUGUUAUUAUAUUAUAUUCUGUUAAACACUCAGUGUUUGUAUUAAAACCCCUGAACACCUGCACAUUUCUGCAGUGAUUUAAUCAGCACAGUGUAUAAAAUCCUGCAGAUCCAGGUCAAGAGCUUCAGUUCAUGUUCACAUCAAACCUCAGAAUGAAGAAACGGUGUGAUCUGUGUGACUUUAACCCUGGCGUGGUUGUAGGUACCAGGUUUGAGGAUUUCAGAAACAUCACUCUGUAGUGUUUACACACAGUGAGGGACAGUUCUGAGGGAUGAGACGCCUGGUUGAUCAGAGAGCUCAGAGGAACAAUCCUGAUUGGUUCACACCAACGUGCUCUUCUGCUGCUGUGCCUCAGGGUUUGACGUGUUUGACGUGAGCAUAACCAACCUACGUAAAACUACAUUGCUUCUUUUAAUCGCACGCAGACGCAAACAUCUACAGCCUUCAAGGUGACCACUGUCUGUCAACAUUCAUUCUGACUUCCUGCCACAUUCUGACUUCCUGCCACAAUCUGACUUCCUGCCCCAUUCUGAUCUCCUUCACGUGCACCUGCAUGUUAAGGAUUUCUGUGUCUGCUGAGAUUAUAACGUUUGGAACAGGUUACUGUGGGACACAAAUAUCUCCCUAAUGUUAAAUAUAUCUAGUAUAAUGUUCUAGCUGAGUGAAGCACACGCUGAUCCACUUUAUUUCACAUUAACGAUCUCAAAAUGUUCUCCAUUUCCACUGUACACCUGCAGCCUGAACUUGUGAGGUUGAGAAAUAACGUUGAAAUAUUACCUGAUGAAUAAUGAAGAUGGGAUUUUAACAGCUGAAUAUUUUGGAACUGUAUUUUAGGAAGGUGAAUGUGUGUGUGUGUGUGUGUGUGUGUGUGUGUGUGUGUGUGUUGAAUUACGAAUGCUGGAAUUUUAUUUUCAAUCAAAAUAGACAAACCCAACGAGCUGCAGAAGAAACUAAUUCAAGUAUUAUUACGAUAUGUGUUUAUUCAGUUUAUGUAAUUCAACAUGCCAUUUUGCCUUGAGGACAUUUGGCACUGUUAUACUUCCAUAAUUUGUAGGAUUUCUAUGAAAUGAUCUUCGUAACCAGCAGAUGAACUGAUUCGGUUCAGAUUAGAGAGAUCAGAAAACAGCUGCACAGGUCAUUCCACAGUCACAUGUCCAUGUGCUCCUCUGAGGUUCCUCUGUGGUUCCUGGGGAGAGAACACUGCUCUUUUGGUGGAGUUUUGAGAGAGGACCUGUACUAGCGUACUCUGAUGGGUUUUGUGGAGCUCCUACACUAAAUGUUGUGAUGCAGAUGUGCUUCUAGAAUAUCAUGUGUAAUAAAUAUCAGGGGAUAUGGUGUCAGUGAAACAUCAUGUACAGCUGAUUAAACUGGUCCAUACCACUGCAGACUGGUAGAUCGAGUAGAUAUAGGAGUGAUGGAGAGAAGAUGGCCUGAGCCAGUGUUCGUGGGAUAGACUCCGGAUCCACCACAACACUGACCAGGAAGUUCUCUCUAGUCACUAUUAAUAAUACCUUUAAAAUUAACUGGAUCAAUGUCUUUAUGAGAAUAAUCUCCCACGGUUCUUUGUCCACAAUCUAGUCUUUUAAAAUGUGGAGGUCUUCAUUUUUUAUUCACCUGUGAUUUGAAGUGCACUAAACUCCCAGUUCUUUUCAGAAACUGUGAUCAGAUAUAAAUACAUAUGUAAUUCCUAAUGAAGUCAAAGAAAUCCAUUUUAAAAUAAUAAAUAGAUAUUAUCCAUGUAAUGACUUUAUUAGUCAAUUUAAAGACGGGUUUUGGCCUUUAUGCUGUUUUUGUAAAGAGGAAUCAGAAACAAUCUUAGAUUUAUUUUUCAGUUGUUGUUAUACCAAACUAUUCUGGGCCCAAAUGUCUGUUUAUUUCUGAGUGGUUUAAUAAGUUUGUCACUAUAACUGAUGUAAUGGUUUUGUUUAUGGAGUGUGAUACUGCUUUCUUGGAAAUGAACAAUAUAACUGGGGCGGCUGUGGCUCAGGUGGUAGAGCGGGUUGUCCACUAAUCAUAGGGUUGGCGGUUCGAUUCUUGGGCCGGGUGACUCCACGUGUCGAAGUGUCCUUGGGCAAGACACUGAACCCCAAAUUGCUCCCGAUGGUAAGCUAGUGCCUUGCAUGGCAGCUCCUGCUACCAUUGGUGUGUGAAUGAGACACAGUGUGUAAAGCGCUUUGGAUAAAAGCGCUAUAUAAGUACGCCAUUUAUAAUUAAAAUUCUUAUUUUAUUUGGGAAAUAUCAUACACAAAGUAAAGUAUAUGUUAACUGUACCAAAUGGUAGAGUAUUUUCCACUGAUGAAAGAUUAUUUACGAUUCUCUAAUGUCAGUACAGAGCAAUCUUAAAGCUGUUCAGACUUCUCUUCUGUUCAAAAGAUUCUGAUGUAUUAGAUGUAGGAUCGAUUUUUGAUAUGAGAUGCAGGAAUUUGACUGUUUUAUAGAUUAAGGUGUUUUUCUAUUACUUUGUAUUCCACUACUGUUAUUUAAUAAAUAAAUAAAUAAACAAACAAGAAAAAACCACGCUCACUUCCCCAAUCCCAACGCGCAUCACUUCAAUGUUACUCUGGCCCGAACGCGCAUGCGCACCAUCGCACGCGACAGCCGUUCAAUCCCAUCCUGUCCCGAACUCUGCGGAGUUAGUCGAGUUUUUUAUUUUUUAUUGUGCGAUUAUAAACUUCACCUGUUUUACUCCUGACGUCAAGCGGAUUUAUUACCGACUUCACUCUUAUUUCAGUCAGUUAGUGAGGAGCUCCGUUACCCAGCAGAGUCCUGUUCUACUUACGGUGUUCUGUUGUUGUUAUUUCCGCUCUAGAGAUGACCCGUGUGAUUGCCCCAGGUGAACCCAUAGACGUGCUCUUACCCCUCACUGACCUGGUGGAUGUGAGUUUUACUCCGAGUGAUGCUGUACAACCAUCAAACCUGCAGAUCUGCACCGUGGACAAGGAGAAGAUCCAGUGCAGUCCAGAUUAUAAAGAGAGAGCGUCUCUCCUCAACACUCUUCAGAUUAAAGAUGGAGACGUCUCUGACAUUGGAACUACACAGUACUUCCAGUACUACUUACAGGAUAUCUGGAACAAUGAGAUGGUCCAUGUGAGAGGUAAGAAAGUAGGAGACGCUGUGUUUGGACAGUACGUAGGAGAGAUCUAUGCCAGCAUGGGGGACUGCACUGAUGGUGGUGCUGAUGAUCCUGCUCAUCGUAGCAGGGUUAUUGAUGGGUUAUCUGUGGAAAGAAAUGCAGUAGCUCCAUGGAGAAUCUGCAAACACCAGCAGCGCUGAAUGACUGAAAACACCAACGAACACCAGCAGCUCACAAUGAAUGGAGUUAGCCAUUCUCCAGGAGAUGUGCAGAUCUCCGUACACCCUGCUUUCACUAACCAGCAACACUGAAAGUGUCUGAAUAUGUCCCCUGUCCUCCUCCCUGGGAUUUCUGCUCCAGGGUUAGUGUGAUAUCUCCAGAGAGAGUGGUUGAAUGUUUGUAGGAUUUAUAUGUAAUGAUCUUCGUACCAGCAGAUGAACUGAUUCGGUUCAGACUAGAGAGAUCAGAAAACAGCUGCACAGAUCAUUGCACAGUCACAUGUCCAUGUGCUCCUCUGAGGUUCCUCUGUGGUUCCUGGGGAGAGAACACUGCUCUUUUGGUGGAGUUUUGAGAGAGGACCUGUACUAGCGUACUCUGAUGGGUUUUGUGGAGCUCCUACACUAAAUGUUGUGAUGCAGAUGUGCUUCUAGAAUAUCGCAUAAUAAAUAUCAGGGGAUAUGGUGUCAGUGGAACAUCAUGUACAGCUGAUUAAACUGCAGACUGGUAGAUCGAGUAGAUAUAGGAGUGAUGGAGAUAAGAUGGCCUGAGCCAGUGUUAGUGGGAUAGACUCCGGAUCCACCACAACCCUGACCAGGAAGUUCUCUCUAGUCCUGAUUAAUAUGGAUUCAUAUGAUUCAGUCUUUUUCUUCUGUAACUCCACCAUAAAACUCUCCUGUUUGCUUUGUGUCCUGAUCUAUAAACACCAUUUUAAUCUGAUUCACUAAAAUCACCUAGAAAUAAAUCUAGAUUCCAAAUAACAACACUAUUAGAUUCUCAGCUAUUUAAUAAAACACAUUUAUAUCCAGAGUUAUUAAAUCAGUAGAAUAUUCCACUUAAACACACUUUGCUGUGCUGAUUAAAGAUGUCAGGAUUAGUUUUAAGAGUGAAGAUCCGCGACGUCAUGACACAAGGAACGCCCAUCGUACUGUGUAAAGGGAGUGACGGGACACGGACAUGUUGGAGUCUCGCGAUAACAGGCUGCUGCUGCUGUUCCUCGAUAUCGACGUUUAAAUCUGGUUUUUAUUUCAUUUUUAGUGAUUUUAACUCUGCGAUUGGAAAGUUGAUGUAUUUUGUUUUUCUUAACAAAGUAUUUUAUUAUCGACAUCACAGUUAUUGUAGAGUUAUUAGAGAUUAGAGCCGGCGUUUGUGUUCUCUAAGUUUCGAGCUAGCGGAACUAACGGAGCUAACGGAGCUGCUGUGUGUGACCACUGCUGGAGAUCUGUUAUUAUUAUUAUUAUUAUUAUUAUUAUUAUUAUUAUUAUUAUUAUUUCCGAAGGAUCGACACCGGCCAUCAUGCAUCUCUGUGCAGGAGUGAUAUUACUGCUAGUCCCCUGUGUGGUGCUGUCCGUAGACAGACAGAAGGUGUUUGGGAAUCUGCAUGAGUCGGCAUCUCUCCCCUGUACUGUGCAGUGCUCUGGUGAACUGACCUGGACCAGGUUUCAGAAGCAGGACGAUGUUCUGGUCAGGUGUAGCAGCGUCUCGUGCAGGUCUAAAGACGGGUUUAUUCUCUCUUAUGAACAGUACCUGAAGGGGAAUUCCUCCCUGACCAUGCUGAAAGCUGAUUACAGCCUUCGAGGACUCUACAUGGCCAAGUGUGUCUCUGAGACCGUCUGUGAAGUCGUCUUUACAUUGUCCCCUCUAGAGAUGACCCGUGUGAUUGCCCCAGGUGAAGCCAUAGAUGUGGUCUUACCCCACACUGACCUGGUGGAUGUGAGUUUUACUGCCAGUGAUGCUGUACAACCAUCAAACCUGCAGAUCUGCAGCGUGGACAAGGAGAAGAUCCAGUGCAGUCCAGAUUAUAAAGAGAGAGCGUCUCUCCUAAACACUCUUCAGAUUAAAGAUGGAGACGUCUCUGACAGUGGGAACUACACAGUACAGGAUAUAGUGAAUGAUGAGACUAUAGCCAUCGUAACGGUCCAUAUGAGAGAGCCGAGUCCAGACAUCAAGCCGAGUCCAGACAUCAAGCCGUGUCCAGACAUCAAGCAGCAGGAAGGUGUACCAGUGUGGGUGGUUGUACUGAUGCUGAUGGUGCUGCUGGUGGUUGUAGCUGUGCUUGUGGUUGGAUAUGUGAUGCAUGUGCGUCUGAGGAGAGAAGUUCAGCAGCUCCGUGAGAAUGCUGAGAACAGCAGACUCGCUCUCCUCCAGCAGAACGGAAACUUAGAUUUCCAUGUAUCUCAGGAAUUAUAGAUUAUCCCUUUCAGAUCUCCUGUCAUGCCUUUCAGCCUGUUCUACAAUUAUUUACUUCUAUUUACUUUCAGUUCUGUACUUAGAAAGUGUGGUUUACCACAGAGUCAGGUGCGCCUGGAGAGUCCGAAUGAACACACACAAUGACACAUAUGCACCGAGACUUCCGUUUUAUUCAUUCAAAACAGGGUUCUGGUAACAAAACUUGUUCAUUGUUAAAUACUGAAAAAAUGUAAAUAGUGAAACACUGGCAGUCAGAUUUUGGGUUUUUUUAGGGUUAGUGUGAUAUCUCCAGAGAGAGUGGGUGAAUGUUUAGGAUUUAUAUGGAAUGGUCUUCGUAACCAGCAGAUGAACUGUUAGGUUUUGGAAUCAAGCUGUUGUUCAGGGCUGUUGUUCAGGCUCAUGUUUUAAACACCUCUGGUGUUCCUGCACUGAAACACUUGGUCUUCCUCACCAUCUGUUUGUUCUUCCAGCAUCAUGAUUAAAUCUCCCAGACGACUGGAACAGGUUCACACCAGCUGUUAGACACGCCCUGUCAGCUCCACAUCUCAGGUUCUGACCCAGGAGUACACGCGGCCGUUUAAGCACUUUACUUCUUUCUUCCACUUUUUAUUUGCUCUUUUCUUGCAUUUUUAUUCAAUGUACAGCAUGUUGAACAAGUUUUUUUUGACAUAAAUAAAUCACACUGUUUUGUAAAUUUAGUAUUUUGUGUAAAAGGCUCAGACAUUUUAUGAUGUGAAGUUUUAUAAAAUAAAGCGUUUAUGUUUCUGAAAGUUC